AAAAUCGUGAGGAUAUGCUGAGUUCAAAAAGCAACAGACUGACAGAAGCUUUGGAAGAAGCCAAUAAACUGUUUAGUGGAGUUUCCUGUGCACGAGAAGCUGCUCUGGAUGCCCAAUUUCUUGUCUUAGCAUCAAAUCUAGGAAAGGAGAAGGCCAAUGAGUUGCACUCUGAGAUGACAGCAUUUGAUUCAGUAGCAUUUGCAGAAGACUUGCUAACCUUCAUGGGUAUAAAUCGCAUAGAAGUAGAAGAAAAUAGUAGUGAUUCUGAGGGCAUUUCAGGUGGCUAUUUACCUAGUAAUGCCUGGCAUAAACUGGGAGAAGAAGCAGAAAAGUACUUCAGAAGAGCACCCACUUUUCACUAUAUGUUGGGAUCCUUCAAGUCUGAUCCUCCUGUACCAAGGCAAAGGAUUGAGAGGCAUAAAAAGGCUACAGGAGGAGAAGAAAAGCGGGCAAUGCCUGCCCAGUUAAAAAAAAUGGAGGAGUCUCAUCAGGAAGCUACAGAAAAAGAGGUAGAGAGGAUCUUGGGAAUAUUGCAAACUCAUUUUAAAAAUGAUCCUGACACACCUAUUUCCUUCUUCGACCUUGUGAUUGAUCCAAACUCUUACGCACGCACUGUGGAAAACAUCUUUCAUGUGUCCUUCCUCAUAAGGGAUGGUUUUGCAAGAAUAAAGCUGGAUGAGGAUAAAUUGCCAAUCAUAGAGCCUUCAAAAGACUAUGAGGCAAAGGAGAAUGACGGUAGUGCUGGAGCACGGAACCAGGUUGUCAUCUCUCUGAACCAGCAACAAUGGAAGGAGAUCGUAGAAACAUUUGAAAUAACAGAACCCAUGAUUAGCCCUCCUUGUCAUAGAAGUGAAGAUGAAAUGGAGACAGAUUAA